AAAAGGUAAUUUUUGGAUCUUCAUUUUUUUUUUUUUUCUUCUCCAUUCAUUUCCCUCUUCUCUCCUUCUUUUAAUAUAUUUAUUAAUUAUGCCUCAUUCCACAGACGAUAAGGUUGCUGCUACUACAGAACCAAAUGAGGUUUCUGAAGUUAUUACACAUCCAGUACCUAGUCGUCUUCUUGACCCUAAACAAUGUCCUACACCUCAUGUUACUUCUAUGGAGCAAUAUCGUUCAAUGUGGAAAGAGAGUAUCGAGCAACCUGAGAAAUUUUUUGGAAAUCUUGCUCGUGAACUUUUAAGUUGGGAUAAACCUUUCGAAACUGUUAAACAUGGUUCAUUUGAAACAGGUGAUGUAGCUUGGUUUUUAGAUGGUGAAUUAAACGCUUGUUAUAAUGCUGUCGAUCGUCAUGCACUUAAGAAUCCUGAUAAGAUUGCUAUUAUUCAUGAAGGUGAUGAACCUGCUAACGUUCGUCGCAUCACAUAUGGCGAACUCUUUAGAGACGUAUGUCGUUUGGCUAAUGUUCUCAAGAAUCUUGGUGUUCGUAAGGGUGACAAUGUUGCUAUCUAUAUGCCCAUGAUUCCAGAAACUUUAAUCUCUAUUUUGGCAUGUGCUCGUAUUGGUGCUAUUCAUUCUGUUGUCUUUGCUGGCUUUUCAGCUGAGUCACUUUUGGAUCGUGUCGCUGAUUGUGGUGCUCAUAUUGUCAUUACUUCAGAUGAAGGUCGUCGUGGUGGACGUAAUAUUGCAACCAAGUCCAUUGUGGAUACUGCUUUGUCAAAGGAAGAAGCUCAUCAAGUUGAACAUGUCAUUGUCUAUCAACGUACUGGAACUGAAGUACCUAUGAUGGAAAAUCGUGAUCUUUGGUGGCAUGAGGAGAUGGAAAAGGCACGUCCUAUAUGUCCUUAUGAAAAGAUGAGUGCAGAAGAUCCUCUCUUUUUACUUUAUACCUCAGGUUCAACUGGUGCUCCCAAGGGUAUUGUUCAUACUACAGGUGGUUAUUUAUUGGGUGCUGCUGCUACUGUUAAAUAUAUCUUUGAUGUACAUGACGAUGAUAUCUAUGCUUGUAUGGCUGAUAUUGGAUGGGUUACUGGUCAUAGUUAUAUUUUAUAUGGCCCUCUUACACUAGGUGCCACUACUGUCUUGUUUGAAAGUACACCUACUUAUCCUACUCCUGCACGUUUUUGGGAACUCAUUGAAAAACACAAAGUAACUCAAUUCUAUACAGCACCUACAGCUAUUCGUGCUCUUCAACGUCUUGGAGAUAAAUGGGUUGAACAAAACGAUCUUUCCUCAUUACGUGUUAUUGGUUCUGUUGGUGAACCUAUUAAUCCUGAAGCAUGGAAUUGGUAUAAUGAAAAAGUCGGUAAAGGUCGCUGUGCUGUCGUUGAUACCUACUGGCAAACAGAAACAGGUUCAAUUAUCAUUAGUCCUUUACCUGGUUGUACACCUACUAAGGCAGGUUCUGCUACACUUCCAUUCUUUGGUAUUCAACCUGUCCUGUUAGAUCCCGCUACAGGCGCUAAGAUUACUGAACCUGAUGUCACUGGUGUCUUAGCCCUUAAGGGUGCUUGGCCCUCCAUGGCUCGUUCUAUCCAUCAAAACCAUGAGCGUUUCCUUCAAACUUAUAUUGCUCCUUACCCUGGAUAUUACUUUACAGGUGAUGGUGCUUCCAUGGAUAAAGAUGGUUAUAUUUGGAUUCGUGGUCGUGUUGAUGAUGUUAUCAACGUUUCAGGUCAUCGUCUCUCUACUUCAGAAAUCGAAGCAGCACUUUCAAGUCAUAGCUCAGUUGCUGAAUCAGCCGUUGUUGGUGCACAUGAUGAUUUAACAGGUCAAGCCAUUCAUGCCUUUGUUAGUUUGAAGCCUCAUGCUCAAUCCAAUGAAGGUUUAGAUCGUGAAUUGAUCUUGACCGUUCGUAAGAUCAUCGGUCCAUUUGCUGCACCCAAACGUAUUCAUAUUGUCCGUGAACAUCCAAAGACACGUUCUGGAAAAAUUGUUCGUCGUAUUCUUCGAAAGAUUGUCAAUGGUGAACAUAGCCAACUUGGCGAUACCUCUACUUUAGCUGAUCCCUCUGUCAUUCCCUCAAUUGUAUCUCUUGUACAUCAAUAACUAUCAUUUUGUAUUUAUAACACACACGCACACGUACACGCACACGUACACAUACACACAUACACACACACAUAC